AUCACAUGCUCUCCUCCCAAACCAAAAAUAAGAAAAAGUCAUUUCAUUCAUCCUUUCUCUUGUUCAAAUUUUCUCUAGCUCUCAUAAUUCCUCACCAUAACAUCCUCAGCCAUGCCAGAGGAGUUGCUAAGAGCUAGAGAAAUGGAUGGUGUAGUGUAUAAUGUCCAUGAAACAAAUAAGAAAGCGCUUGAGUUUAUUCAAGAAGUUACUAGUAAUGCACAAGAAGUUCAGAAUCAAGUUCUUGAUGAAAUUCUUUCUUCCAAUGCUGAUGUUGAGUACUUGAGGAGGCAUGGCCUUGAUGGCCAUGUCGACCGCGAUACGUUCAAGAAGGUCAUGCCUGUUAUAACGUAUGAGGAUCUUCAGCCAGAUAUUGAACGUAUUUCUAAUGGAGAUACUUCGAAAAUUCUUUGUUCACAGCCUAUUUCAGAAUUUUUGACAAGCUCUGGAACAUCCGGGGGAGAAAGAAAACUGAUGCCAACUAUAGAUGAGGAGCUUGGAAGGAAAUCAUCUCUGUAUAGCCUUUUGAUGCCUGUGAUGGAUCAAUUUGUUCCGGGUUUGGACAAGGGCAAAGGAAUGUACUUCUUGUUCAUCAAAUCAGAAGCUAAAACUCCAGGGGGUCUCUUGGCUCGUCCAGUUCUCACUAGUUACUACAAAAGCUCUUAUUUCAAGGACAGGCCUUAUGAUCCUUACACAAACUACACGAGUCCGAAUGAAACAGUACUCUGCUUGGAUUCUUACCAGAGCAUGUACUCUCAGUUACUAUGUGGCCUUUUCCAAAAUGAUGAAGUUGUUCGUGUUGGAGCUGUUUUUGCCUCUGGCUUCAUCAGAGCCAUACGGUUCCUUGAAAAACAUUGGAGUAGCCUUUGUAAUGAUAUCCGAACUGGAACCAUUGACCCUCAAAUAACUGACCUCAGUGUGAGGGAGGCAGUCAUGAAAAUUCUGAAACCAAACCCUAGGCUUGCAGACUUGAUCGAGGCAGAGUGCAGGAGGAGGUCAUGGAAAGGGAUCAUCACGCGGUUAUGGCCUAACACCAAGUACAUCGACGUUAUUGUGACAGGAACUAUGUCACAAUAUAUUCAGACUAUUGAUUACUAUAGCAAUGGCCUUCCUCUUGUGUGCACUAUGUAUGCUUCUUCAGAGUGUUAUUUUGGUGUGAACCUUAAUCCUCUUUGCAAUCCAAGUGAUGUUGCGUACACUCUCAUUCCUACCAUGGCCUACUUUGAAUUCUUGCCUUUCAAUAGGAAGCAACAAGUCUCGGGAUCCUCAAAGCUUAAUGCAAGUGACCAACUUGAGCUGGUUGAUCUUGUUGACGUGAAAAUGGGACAUGAAUAUGAGCUUGUUGUCACCACUUAUGCCGGGCUCUAUCGAUAUCGAGUUGGAGACAUCUUAAAGGUUGCUGGAUUCAAGAACAAAGCCCCUCAGUUCAAUUUCAUAUGUCGAAAAAACGUUGUCCUCAGCAUUGAUGCUGACAAAACUGAUGAAGUUGAGCUGCACAACGCGGUGAAGAGAGCGGCUAAUCACCUCUCACCAUUUGAUGCCAGACUAGUAGAAUACACAAGCUAUGCAGACUUGUCGAAAAUUCCAGGCCACUAUGUCUUGUACUGGGAAAUUGGCUACAACAAUGACACGGUGAUUCCUCCAUCAGUGUUUGAAGAUUGUUGCCUCACGGUUGAAGAAUCACUCAACAGUGUGUACCGUCAAGGCCGGGUCUCUGACAAGUCGAUUGGGCCACUGGAGAUAAAGAUAGUAGAAACUGGGACAUUCGACAAGCUGAUGGACUAUGCUGUUAGCAAUGGUGCAUCAAUCAACCAGUACAAGGCCCCACGGUGCGUCAAAUAUGAGCCCAUUAUCCAGCUUUUGAACUCCAGGGUUGUUUCCAAAUACCUGAGCCCCAAAUGCCCGGAAUGGGUUCCUGGUCACAAGCAGUGGUACAACAACUGAAGGGCCAGAGGAUUUGAUAAUUCAAAGUCAAUUAUGUAUUGUCAUUUGUCGCGUAGGUAAAAGACAUCCAACAAUAUUGUAUUGUUCGGUUUCUUUGAUCAUAUCAGUAUUAUUACUAAUACUGUGUAUUAGAAACAGAUUAGGCAUUUGUAGUUUUCUGCAAUCCUUCUGAUCUUCAGAUUGUUGUUUCUUAUGUGGUAAUAAUAGUUCUUUGUCCUGUGUU